AUGCAAGCACUUCGUGAAGAAAUCGUCCGUUUGAGAACGGAGUGUCUUUUUCAACAGCCGCAAGCGAGCGUCGGUGCCCCGGAACUCGCCGUAUCUGAGCUGGUCAAUGAAGUGGAGGACCCACUCCAAGCUACAGGCCUGGUCGGGGCGUUCGAUAGCGCGCAGAGAAGAUUCGAGCUAUUUGGCAGAUCCGAGACGGGUGUUAGGGUCAUCCGGGAUAUUGCAGAGCCACAUCGGCCGUCGACUUGCCUCGGAUCUUCUCUGCGCGCUAUCGAACGCCCCGACCAGGCCUGUAGCUUGGAGUGGGUCCUUCCCUUCAUUGUCCAGCUCAGACACGGCGAGUUCCGGGGGACGCUCGCUUGCGGCUAUUGA